CAAAAGCACAAUAAAAAUUGCCUAUAAAUGGGCGGAAGAGCAAAAGGAAGUGGAAAAGGAAGGCAGGACGGUCGUUCGCUGGAUGUGGGGGCCAUGGAUAUACGCACAAGGACAACAGUAGGAGGAGAAGAGCCAGCAGUAGCAGAACCCCACCGAAUGGGGGGAGCAGGCCAGGGAGGAGUCAAACAGUACAACAAAGCCAACAAACUUCCGCAUAGGAUGCGCCGGAACGGAAGCUAUUUUGGCCGCCUGAACGUGAGCGUGUUCCUCAUCUACUUGUGGUGCUAUCUGCUGCUGAUAAUGGCCGCAUCUGGCGGCAGCAACAAUGUGGUGAACGGCCUCAAAUGCUACUGCAAUCCGAAGGAAUGCGAUGUAAUACGCUCGCUCGACUGCCCCGGCAAGGGCCUGAUGCUCUGGGAUCCAUGCAAAUGUUGUCGCAUCUGCGCCAAGACCUUGGGCGAAUCCUGCGGCGGUCCCGGCGGUUUUUCCGGCCAAUGUGAGCCGCCCCUGCAGUGUGUGACCAAGCUGCCCAUUAGCAGCGGUCUGGGCGUGUGCAUGGAUUUGCAACACCUGACCGCCCUGACCUCCUCGCAUGACAACUGUACCGAGGCGGAGUCCAUUGUCUUGCAGCCGGGCUGCGAGAUCACCAACAAGCGCUGCCAGUGCUGGCCCAUCAUGCGCACCUGUCUCAGCGAGCUAUCCAGCGACGGGGCAUCCCCCAAUGACUCACGUUGGCACUUCAAGAACUUGGAGGACUGCCAGUUGAAUUUGCAAAAUCUCAUCAAACUCGAGCUGGAAUUCGAUGGAGACUACAAAAUCUCACCGAGCAAAUUCACCUACAAAAAGCUCCGCAGAAAGCGAAAGUCCUUGAGGAAACGCAUCAUCAUCUUGGACGAUUGAGGGCCACACUCAGAAAGCCAUAUGUAACGUCCUCUCUCUCUAUUGUAUGUUCUCCGAAAAACUCAGCAAAAACCAAACGAAAGAUCUUGUACAGAUAGUAUGCUUACUUCUAAAUGAUAAUAUGGCUAUUAUAAAUACCAAUACAUAUACAUACAUAAAUACCUAUACAUAUACAAAGGGGAAAUGCAUACAUAUUAAUAGUGAAAUAAAGCAUUUGUAUGUGUAUCCCAAGACAUUUGUUACUUUAUUGCGCGCAAUUUUUCCUAAAGAACUAACGAACUAAAAAUCCCCUCAACCAAAAUACAUGCCUACAUACCAUGAAUACAUAAACAAUAAACAAUAAAUUAAACACA